ACCACCCGCCGCACCCCACCACGCUCGCUCGCUGCCUCGUCGCGUCCGCAUUGCCCCGGGACAUGUCUACUGCGCCCAGCUGCUUCGUCUGCUCCCACAGCGCCGCCGUCCCGUAGCCCACUGACGCCGCGACGAUUGCGCCUAGCACGGCACCUCCGAGACGCCUGCGCACCCCCUCCAAUCCACCCGCCGCCCUCGCCCUCGCCGCCAUGAGGGGCCUUUCCUUCAAGCCGCAGCCCGGGCAAGCUCCGCCGCGCUCUGCCACCCCGCCGCGCCCCGUCUGGGAGCCGCUCUCGCCCGUCCUCCACCCGCAACAAGCGCCGCCAGCACACCCCGCUGCCAGCGUCGCCCGCCCUACAGCGAGCGGCAAUGGCCUCGCCAGUCCAUCGCCGCAUGCUCCACACCACAAUGCAGCCUUGGACGCGCAGCUCCCGCGGGACGCCGCUGCGGAGGCAUACGGACCGCGAGCCGCACCGCUGCCACCACCACGCGACGCUCCAUACUCGCCCGCGCUGGGCUCCCCCAUUGAGGCGCUUGCAGAUGCUGCCAUCAAAUCUCUCAACGACGGCCCGGUCUUUGUCGAGCCCACGCGUCGCUCCGCCCAGUUGCCCUCCACCUCGCCCAAUACCUUCGCCCACCCGCCCGGCCUCCGCGCGCCCAAACACAGCUAUGCCCUCGACGGCAGCUAUCCGCACACCGAAAGACCUGCAAAGCGCGCGCGGUCCGAUUACUUCACCUCCCCUCAGCAUGGGCAGCACCACUAUUCGCGGCCGGCCACCAGCCACAUUCCGGGUUGGUCAUACAAUGUGGAGCAGAUGAUGGACAGUGGCCAUCGCAUGUACCAGGAAACAGCUCGCCCGGUCCAGGACCCGGACGAAAGUAGUAUGAAGAGACUAUCGGAUGCACAGCUGUUGAUGGAUUUCGCCGCCGCUGCGUCCAGCUCGACGCCUCGGCGCGAUUCCACGGCCAAGCGAUGGAGCAUACCGCACCAGGAAACCUCCAGUCCGUACGCCCGUCAACCACACGGCGAACCGAGCAACACGUACGUAGGAGCUUCCCUACUUUCUCCCCGUGCACAUCAUCACAUAUCACCAUCCGAAUUUAAGUACACGUCGAUUGCACCACCAGCCCCAGUCGAAGCAGUGCCGGACGAAGUCAGCACUCAGACAGAAACACCCCCAGAUGAGGGUAUGACUGCAGCAGCAGAGUUCCCAGUUAUGAGCAAUGCUGCCGUGGACGCAGGCACCAAAACGAAGAAGCAUCAAGGGUGGCCGAAAGGCAAGCCUCGCGGAACGCGUACCGGCGCGUCUGGCACGAAGAAGAAGAGGUCGACACCAAAGCCCAAGCCGGUGUCGGCUGCUGCCCAUGAGCCCGCGAAACAACUGCAAUCCCCGCAAAGUCUACCUGCAGAGCGAGACGAGCUUCUCGAUGGCGCCUCAACCUCAGCCCUCGCACCCUUUCCGGGCUCUGAUGAGCCCUCAUCUCAAGCCCGUCGCUACUCUUUUUCUGACUUAUCGUCAACUGCAGUUCCCGAUAACCCAACUUCCGAUAUUUCACGAGCUCUCUCUGUUCCCUUGGAGACUACCGCGCUUUCUGCACCGUCUUUUGCUCGCCCGCCACCCAAAAACAACACAGCCGAACCAGUCACCAUAUGCUCCGGUUGUGGCUCAUCUGAUUCCGAGACGAUGAUCGGCGAUGGAGAACAGUGGAUAAGAUGUGACGGCUGUAAAGGAUGGCACCACUACGUGUGCGCCGGUUUUCAGAGCGAGCGAGAAGUGCGUGAUGUGGACAAGUUCUAUUGCGAGCGAUGCCAGCCAAAGUUUGGGAAGACUACGAAAGUCAGAAAGUCGACCAGAGCGCACACCGCUGUCGACUAUGCUGGGCUGAAUGAAGGCAUACUGAAGACAUCGGACGAUAACCCUGAACACCACUAUAUUGCUGCCUUCAAAAACGGAGACAUUGAGUUCACCCCAGAGACAUUUGCGCGUCUGCCACCAGAGUUAGUUUCCGCCGACUUCCUCGAAAAGACGAAUGGCUUCAAAGAGCCCAUCCUAAUUCCUGCAGCCUUGAAUCCUCGACCACGAUACCCCGGCAGAGGACAUCCGGAACAUAACAAGUCGACUACCACGACUGAUGCAGCUGCAGACUCACGCUACGCACUCGAAGUGUCACUGGAUGAUGGUCAAGACAACUUGGAUAUGGUUAUCCCGGAGGGUCUCACCGUUCGACGCGUUUCGGAGCUGUAUGGACCCCAAGAACGUGUGCCAGUCAUCGAUGUCAAAGCCCAGGAAGGAGAGGACAAACGGUGGACCAUGGCGAAGUGGGCCGACUAUUACGAACAACAAGGCGAGAAGCCGGUCCGGAAUGUCAUCAGUUUGGAGGUUUCCCGGAGUCGACUAGGAAGACUAAUCCGCCGGCCAAAAGCAGUGCGGGAUAUGGAUCUUCAAGACGCUGUUUGGCGUGACGAUGACAAGAAAGCUCCUCCUGCUGUGCAAUUCUAUUGUCUCAUGUCCGUUGCGGACUGCUAUACAGACUUCCACAUAGACUUUGGCGGCUCAUCGGUCUACUACCAUAUCGUGAAGGGCAGAAAGGUGUUCUUCUUCAUACCACCAACAAAACAAAACUUGAAAAAAUACGAGGACUGGUGCCUGUCUCCGAAGCAGGGCCACGAAUGGCUCGGUCACCAGGUCAAAGAGUGCUACAGGGUCGAUCUGUAUCCUGGAGAUACAAUGCUAAUUCCUUCUGGUUGGAUACACGCGGUUUGGACCCCGGAGGACAGUUUGGUCAUCGGCGGCAACUUCCUCACCCGGAUUCAUUAUGGCAUGCAGAUCAAGGUCUUGGAGAUCGAGAAGAAUACCAAGGUUGCCCCCAAGUUUCGAUACCCAUUUUUCCAAAAGCUCAUGUGGCUCUCCCUGAUCCGCUACCUCGAGGAGGACCCUCUGCCCGCUCAGAUAGAACACUUGUUGCUCGGUGGAGGUCAGUUCCAUCGCAAUGUCCCCACGUAUUGCGAGACUGAUAAGUUCGGACACAACUCACAUCUUGGCCCGGAGAACUAUCACAGACGGUAUUAUUCAAAAGCCGAGCUAGAGGGUCUUACUGAUCUUGCAAAUUAUGUUUGGAGGUCUGUUUUGAUAUCGCUCGGCCGGAUCGAAGGGAUAACAGAGAAAGUGCAAAAAAGCGUCACAAGCUCUAUUCCAAAAGGCUUCGGAGACCCGCUGGUGCUUGCCAAGCGCUUCGCUAUGUGGAUCGCUUGGAAAAGAGGAAACGAGUGCAUUCCACAGUGGGCACAGUCCGACGCUGUACUGCCCGACGCUCAAGAGGCGGAAAAGAAACUCAGCGCCGCCCAAUUCAAGCGGAUGGAGAAACAAGCAAUGGGCGAAGGCUUAAGAGCAAGUUCAGAGAAGCAAUACUCAAGGGCCAGAGCGACCGAGACUCCCUUCACAAACGGCAUGGAACAUCGCAGCCCAGGUCUAGUCACACCACCACCACCUCCUCCACCAAUGAUGACUGGGUUCCUCCAGAAGCCAGAUCCAUCCCGACCCCAGACCACACCCAAGACAUCGCAACUCGGCCCAAAGCGCAUUGCAUGUGACGCUUGCCGCAAACGAAGAAUACGGUGCAAGCAUAAAGACGAGAUCUUCGAUCCAACGAAGCCUGCUGGCAUGGCUGGUGGCAUGAACACGAUAGAUCUCUCCGGUUCUUUGGGAUUAUCGGUCAAACGUCGUUACAGCGACUUUGGUGCGUCUCACGGGCAGCAAUCGAGUUCGGCGGACAAGAGCAUGUCGAAUGGCGGGCCACUGCUUGCGGAUGCCAAUGGUGAUCCGUAUGCACUGAAAUCUGGUCGUGUGAAGGCUUGUGCGGAUUGCCGCAAGAGCAAGCGUCGCUGUAUUCACGAUGAGUACGGCAACGUAGAUCCGAUCAAGGCCAACGAAGUCCCCAUUCCAAGAGGUGCAGCGGCCAAGAAGCGCCGCGUUAGCGAUGAAGACCCGACUGUAGGCCAACGAAAGUUGAAAAAGGAAGCUACAGCCGACAGCGCUUCAUUGUAUACCUCACUUCAUCAUAGAAACUCUUCCUCAGGAGAGUUCGUCCUGGGGGGUCAUGCCGAACUUCAGGACUUGGCAUUCUCUGCUCAACAGGCUCUCAGCAGCCACGGAUUCGACGACGAUGCGAUGCCAAUCGACCCGGCUCUUCAGUCAUACAACCAUGGAAAUGAUGAGUACUCGGCUGACUUAACUCACACACCUCAUCAAGAUGCGGUUAUGUUCUCGGUAGAAGACCUACCUAACGGUGCCGUUGAAAGAGGGGGGUCUAGCAUGGACGCACAAUCAGGACCUGUUCUGGAUCCUGUAAGCCCUGGCACUGUUCCAAACGGCUUCCAUGUCCAAUCUAAUGGCAUCGCGGAGGAUCAUCCUUCCCUCCACGCCAAUCGAACUAGCAUUCAAUUCUCCCCACUAACUCCAAAUGCACAACGCUCAGGAUGGCCCUGUCCUAGCAGUCGCAAGCCUAGCCAAACACCACACCGUUCUCACAGGCAGAGCAACACACCGAAAACACCUUCCGGUAGAAGACGCGACAGCAAAGAAUCCAUCAAGCUCGAGCCACGGUCUGAACCGAAGGUGCGCGCUACGUCAUCGGCUGUUAUUGACAGUGAAGAAGAUAUGGCAAGUUUGGCCCUAGCAUUGCAACUUCAGAUGGAGGAACAUGGCCUGCGACGAAGGAGCAUGGUAUGAGCGCAGAUUCUUUUCCAUUUCGAGGUUCGUAUCCAUUUGAAUUUUUUAUGGCGUCUACUGGCUUCGAGGCCACUGCAUAGGGGCACGCAAGGAGGGCUGGCAGCUUUGAUCGCUCUUUUGAAUUUCGUUAUAUCAUGCCCAGGGCUAGUGGCUGGCGUUUUGGCGUUUACGGAAGUCGGCAUCGAUGCCAUCUAUACCCGGACUUCAGUGGUAAAGUUCUGCAUUUUCUUAAAAUGUCUUUCCCAUAGCGUCAUUUUCCACCGUAGUUCCCAGGAUGCACAGGUGAACUUCAUUUAUUAGUCAAGCCGGGGUGAAGUUGCGGCGAGUGUGUAUAUGUAUUCCAAGUUGAACAAGCCAUUGUAUGAAG